AUGAACAAGAAAGCUCAGCUUUAUUUCUAUACCAGGCAUCGGCCACCUCUUCUCCACCGUGGAGCUGGCCAAGCUCCUCGUCCACCACCUCUCAUCACCGUCCUCGUCAUGAUACUACCUCCUGACUCCAAAGUCAGCCUACCUCGACUCAGUCUCUGCAGCCAACCGUAUCAACUUCGUUCAUCUUCCCAACGAUCACAUUCCACUUCCUGGAUCCAACCCAGAAAAUUCUUGCCUUUAUAUAUUGAAUCUCAUAAACCCCACGUCAAAGCAGCUGUCUCUAAGCUUUUUCACUCCAAGUCAGCCUCCGAUGACUCACCCAGACUCACCGGGUUCGUUCUCGACAUGUUUUAUACAGUCAUGAUCGAUAUUGUUGAUGAGCUUGGAGUUCCGAGCUAUAUUUACUACACAUCGAGUGCAGGGUCUCUCGGUUUGAUGUUUCACGCGCAGGCUCUUUAUGAUGAUCAGAACAUGCACACCGCUGAGUUGAAAGACUCGGUUACCGAGUUGGAAGUACCGAGUCUAGUUAACCCAAUUCCUGCUAAAGUUAUGCCUUCUGCAUACUUGGAGAAAGAUUGGUAUAUGAUAGUGUUUGAGCAAGCAUGGAGGUUCCGAAGGGUUAAGGGACCCAUUUUGAAUCUUGAGGGUGAUAGCAUUGAUUUAGGGCCAGGUGGGUCCAAAACAAAAGCAGAAAUCAUGGAGUGGCUUGAUGAUCAGCCGCCAUCGUCGACUGUGUUCCUAUGCUUCUGGAGCAUGGGAAGUUUUGAUGAGGAUCAGGUGAAAGAGAUUGCAUGUGCGCUCGAGCAGAGUGGGUAUCGGUUCUUAUGGUCCCUACGUGAACCUUCACCAAAGGGUCAGUUCGCCAUACCAAGUGACUAUACAAAUCCAACGGACAUGCUGCCAAAAGGAUUUCUCGAUCGAACGGUCAAGAUUUGGAAAAGUAAUCGGAUGGACUCUACAAGUGUCAACCUUAGCCCACAAGGCGAUCGGAGGGUUCGUGUCACACUGUGGGUGGAAUUCUACACUAGAGAGCAUAUGGUUUGGCGUUCCAAUUAA